AUGGCGGCGGUGGCGGAGGGAUCGGCAUCUGCGGCGGCGAAGGAGGUGGAGUACCAGGCGGGCGUGCAGAAGCUGGUGGACCUGCUGUCCAAGCUAAACCUGGCCGCCAAGGAGUUCGUCCCCUCCGCGGCCGUGUCGCCGCCCAAGAAGGCGCUGUCGGCGAAUGCGCCGGUGUUCGAUUGCCACUCCAUCAGAGGCAGGAAUGGGGCCACCGACGCUGCCUUUUACGUUGGGUUUGGGAACCAGCACCGCAGGGUGACAGAGGAGAGACUUGCCGAUAUCUUUGCUACCUGUGGGCAAGUUGUUGAUUGCAGAAUUUGUGGUGAUCCCCACUCAGCUCUUAGGUGCUUCCUUCUGACGCCUAGCUUCUACCUGAUCUGGAGUACAGCAAUGCCUGCAGCAUUCUCUGAACAUUAUGAACGGCCCAUGGAUUGA